CGAUGGUUAUAUUAUGAAUUAAGCCUUAACUUUAACAGGCACGCUUUAUGCAGGCUGUGCUGACGUUAGUCGUGGAUAUGGAUUGAACAAUGAAUAUAUAAAUAGAGACGAAUUCUUUAUCGGGACGUACUGAACAAUGGAUCUUUUUUUCCAAUUAGCUGCCAUUGCUGUCUUUCUCUCAAUUUUCUUCCACAAAGUAUUGCUUGGAAGGGAAAAUGCAAGAAACAAGAGUAGAAUGGCCCCAGAACCGCAAGGUGCGUUGCCAAUUAUCGGACACCUCCACCUAUUGGGCGGCAGUAAUCAGCUUCUCUACCGAACACUAGGAGCAAUGGCUGAUAAGCAUGGACCUGCCUUUACAAUCCGCCUAGGCAGUCGCCGUGCUUUUGUGGUUAGCAGCUGGGAAGUAGCAAAAGAAUGCUUCACCAUUAAUGACAAAGCACUAGCUUCGCGUCCUACAACGGUAGCUGCGAAGCACAUGGGAUACAACUACGCUGUGUUUGGAUUUGCACCUUACAGCCCCUUCUGGCGUGAGAUGAGAAAAAUUGCAACACUUGAACUUCUCUCGAACCGUAGGCUCGAGAUGCUCAAGCACGUUCGCAUUUCUGAAGUCGACAUGGGAAUGAGGGAACUAUACAGUUUAUGCUAUAACAAUAGCUCAAGUCCCAUGCUUGUUGAACUCAAACAGUGGUUUGAAAACCUGACACUUAAUGUAGUUGUACGAAUGGUGGCCGGAAAAUGUUAUUUCGGUGCUUCCGCUGUCUGCGACGAUGGCGAGGCAAGAAGGUGUCAAAAGGCAAUAAGUCAGUUCUUCCAUUUGAUUGGCAUUUUUGUUGUUUCGGAUGCACUGCCGUUCCUUUGGUGGUUAGAUAUGCAGGGGCAUGAGAAAGCAAUGAAAAAGACUGCCAAGGAGUUGGAUGAUAUACUUGAAGGCUGGCUAAAGGAACAUCGUCAAAGAAGGAUUUCCGGUGGAAACAAGCGUGAAGAGGACCAGGACUUUAUUGAUGUAAUGUUGUCCCUUCAGGAGGAAGGUCAACUCUCGACUUUUCAGUUUGAUGCAGAUACGAGUAUUAAGUCAACCUGCCUGGCACUGAUCCUUGGUGGCAGUGAUACCACAGCAGGGACAAUGACAUGGGCCAUAUCGUUACUUUUGAAACAUCGUGACAUGUUAAGGAAGGCUCAAGAGGAACUAGACUUCCAUGUAGGCCAAGAAAGGGCAGUCGAUGACUCUGAUAUAAAAAAUCUUGUGUAUCUUCAAGCCAUCAUCAAAGAGACCCUACGCCUUUAUCCAGCUGGUCCUCUAUUAGGACCCCGGGAAGCCAUGAAUGAUUGCACCAUUGCCGGCUACCAUGUCCCAGCCAACACUCGCUUGAUCGUAAACGUGUGGAAAAUUCAAAGAGAUUCAAGAGUGUGGCCAGAUCCAUCUGCAUUCAUACCAGAAAGGUUUCUCACAAGCCAUGCGGAUACUGAUGUUAGAGGCCAACAGUUUGAACUCAUUCCAUUUGGCUCGGGAAGACGUUCAUGCCCUGGUGCAUCAUUUGCCCUACAAGUUCUUCAUCUCACACUUGCUCGUUUUCUUCAUGCAUUUGAAUUGACAACGCCUUCGAAUCAACAGGUUGAUAUGACUGAGAGCCCUGGUUUAACCAUUCCAAAAGCCACCCCACUGGACGUUCUACUUAAGCCGCGUCUCCCAGCUAAUGUGUAUGCAUUAACAUGAGCAUCAAUGACAAUUAGCGAUGUGAUUUGAGUAAAAUAAAAACAGCUAAAAUGGAACCUUUCAGUUGAUGUCACGAUACGUUAAUUGUGUUAAG